AAAGGUGAUUUGGCCGUUGGGUUUCCCUUUGCGACGCUGUAAACUUGAAAGACGGAUAGCAUCAAUGGGAGUGAGCCACAUCAGGCGCAUCAUCUGGACCAAUUGUGCCGGAAGCAAGGCAUAACUGUCCAUAUUUGGAUUAAAACCUGACAGAAGAUUUAAGGGCUUUUCGGUUGAAUUAGGGCAAUGGUAGCUCUAAGCAGACAAGAGUUCUUCCAAGAACUGGGAUCAGGUUGCUUGCUUCCAACUCUCCAGCAGGGUCUAGAACAAAUAUGGCAACUUUUACUAAUCUGCCUAGUGUGUCGGCUGCUGUGGAGAUUGGGUUUGCGCCCUUUCUUGAAACAUCUCAGUACGGUGGUGGGUGGAUUUUACGUGCUGUACUUGUUCUUUGAGCUGCACAUGGUCUGGGUGGUGCUUCUUAGCCUGCUUUGCUACCUCAUUCUCUUCCUGUGUCGUCAUUCCAGCAGCCGUGGUCCAUUCCUGUCCAUUACUAUCCUCAUCUACCUGCUGUUAGGAGAGUUGCAUAUGAUGGAUACAAUGACCUGGCAUAAAAUGAGAGGUUCCCAGAUGGUAGUGGCCAUGAAGGCAAUUUCUCUUGCCUUUGACCUUGACACAGGCAUAGUGGAGAAAGUUCCCUCUCCAGUGGAGUUCAUGGGCUACAUUUACUUUGUGGGUACAGUCAUCUUUGGGCCCUGGAUCAGCUUCAACGGCUAUAUGGAUGCAGUGGAGAGUCGAAAACUUAGCCUCUCCUGGUUUGUAAAGUCAGUCUGCAGCUGUGUGAUGAGUCAAGUCUGUUUAGUCAUCUCUAAUUGUAUUGCACCAUAUAUAUUUCCCUAUUUCAUUCCAGUGUUUGGAGACAAGCUGCUUCGCAACAAGAAAAGGCGAAAGAUAAGAGGCUCCAUAACAAGGUGGCUACAGGCCUAUGAGAACACUCUGUCCUUCCAUUUCAGUAAUUACUUUGUGAGUUACCUGGGUGAGACAACAACCACACUGUCCGGUGCUGGAUUCACAGAGGAGAAAGACAACCUUAAGUGGGACAUGCCAAUAGCAAAGCCGUUGAAUGUUGAGUUUCCACGGUCUAUGGUGGAGGUUGUAACUUCUUGGAACCUGCCCAUGUCCAGCUGGCUCAACACCUAUGUGUUUAAGAAGUCUCUCAAAUAUGGAUCCUUCACCGCUAUCAUCUUGACAUACACAGCUAGCACUCUGCUUCAUGGUCUGAGCUUUCAUAUUGGGGCAGUAUUAUUUACUCUUGGCUUUAUAACAUACAUUGAGCAUGUGCUUAGGAAAAGAUUGUCAGUGAUUUUAAAUGCUUGCGUCCUCUCCAGGAAAUGCCCAUCUGACUGCAAACAUCCAAACAAAAAGGCAUUGUGGGUAUAUUUAAUAAACUGGACAUUUAGCAUGUUAGCAGUGCUACACUUAACAUACCUUGGCUCCAUUUUCGGCUCCAGCACAGAUGACUUGGACUCUGAAGAGGAUGGUAUGGCCAGUCACACCAUUCAGAAAUGGACACAGCUUAGCUGGACAAGCCACUGGUUGACCUUUGGCCUUUGGGUCCUGUAUCGCCUUAUUCUUUAAACUCUGAAACCUACAUAGACGAAGAGAGAUGGGAGAAGAUAGCAAUAAACUUUGAUUGGCUAAAACAUGUGGGAUUACCGCGGAGGUGCCAUAGCCAUUUAUUACAUCACUGUGAACUCUGGAUGAACUUGACUGUGGAACAGAGUACUCACAAAUCCGGGAAAACAAUGAUUUACAUUUAAUAUGGUUCCACACAGCUGGUUCGGCCACAGCACAGCCCAGGAAGUACCAGUUUUUUAAACUACCUGAAGUUCAAUGGAGCAUCAAGGUUUUCUUUUUUCAAACCACAGCACUCCAAAAUAUGUCUUAAUAUUUAAAUCUUUAUAGUCAAUACUGAAUUCAUCAAUACCUUGUGACUAACAAAUAAAGCUUAGACUUUGUUGUUCUUUUUGUUGAUAGAUUUAGGAUCAGAUAAACUGUUAUUCAUAAGGAAAAAUGUAUGUUUUAAUUUUGUCUAAGGUGAAAAUUCUUGAUGUGUGAUAAGAAAGUAAAUAUUUCAGUAGUUUUCUGUAAUGCAUAAACUACACAAAUCAAGACUCAGUCAGUACUCUUGAAAUGUAUGCAAUUAUGCAAAAAGUUGCGAUUUAUUUAAUGUUAUUUUUAACCUAAAUAUUAAAGUUUUCUCAACAGGAUUACUCUGGAGUAGUGGUUGAUACAUUGUUUUCAGUCUGGUUUAGUUUACCUCUUUUAUUUG